AUGGAUUUUGCAUGCGGUAAUGUGCAGGGGCCUCGAGCGAGGGGUGGGAAUAAAGGCCCCGGCUCCUACCUCCUGCCGCCCUCCUCUUUGGAUUGGGAUGAAGCGGCGGUCCCGAGACCACCAGGGCCCAGCUGCGUGAAGGAGAAAAGAGUGAAUGCGGAUUCAAGCCACAAUAAACACACAAAGCAGACCUCUUUGGUGUUCUUAUGUGCGAAAAAAGCUUCCACUUCUUCUGAGGUGGCGAAUACGAGUAGUUAUAUGGGUUCUGCGAACUCUCAGACGACGGUGACCCCUCUAGGGCAUAGCAUCCUACCAACGAGGUGUCUGGUCCCCAUUGGUUCGCACCUAACACCGUCCGUACCUCCUUCGCAUAACACCCCAGGUCGCACACAAAUGCUUACCCCUUGCAAUUCAUAA